GAAGGGGCACUCAUAGCAUUACUUUUCUCUCUCCUUUUUUUUUCCCCAGCCUUUGAAUCUUGUUGCUUUAUCUUCGCUGUCGCGCGCUAAUGGCGUUCGACAUCAUCCCCUUGCUUUAAACAGCUGGAUUCGUACAGUCCCACCAGCAAGCGUAGAUAAAUUAGUGGUCAAGCCCGCAAGCAACUUCAUAGCGAUCCCUCAGAGAAGGAAACUUCCCACCAACCAAGCUAAAAAAAAUGGGGAACCAGCACGGCGACAUGGCGACCGGCGUUUCCAGGGUCGGCAGCCAAGGCGGCGGCGGCAGCGUUCGUGACAUCUACGACUGGGAGGGGGAAUGCAGCGGGAUCUACAGAUCCGGCGCUAGAGGGAGUCGCAAUGUCGGCGCCAACCAUGGACCGGGCUUGGGCGGCGGCGGCGGCAACGUUGGUGCCAUCUAUGGAUCCGGCGCGGGAGGCGGAGGCAACGUAGGGAGCAUCUACAGAGACGUCGAGGGGAGAGAGGGCAACGUCGCCGCCAUCUACAGACACGCCGGCGCGGGAGGGGGCAGCAACCACAGAGCCGGCAGGAGCCUUCGCGGAAAUAUCGGAGCCAUCUACGCACCUGGUGCGAGGAGCACCGGCGGCAACAUUGAUGAAAUAUUCUUACCCGGCCCAGGCAGCGGCGGCACCGUCGGCGGUAGCUCCAGAGAUGGCGUGUGAGGCGACCGGAGACGAAAACGUCUUGGCAAAGCAGACAAGUAUGGCUUCUUGGCCAGGCGGACUGGAGUUUUCAGCCUCAUUCGUGUUUGCUCCAGAUGUAUAUUGAUCAUUGCUGGACUGCUGCUUGUGCGUACCCAUGCUUGAUCGAAUAAAUCAAAGGUUUUCUCACUC